AUAUUGGGGAUUUCUUCUGCUCACCAUAACAAACAAUCAUUUUCUCACCAUAACGAAGAAGGAGAAACAGAGAAACGAGAAUGAGGUUCCUCGUCGGCUUCACUGUUUUACUUACCUCCGUCAUCGCUCUCUUAAUCUACGGCGCCACUUCACCGGCGAAUCUUACCGGCGACGAUUUCAAGUUCCCUGCCCCUUCUAUCAUCCGCGUCUUCUUCAACGGCGCCAGUUCACCGGCGAAUCUUACCGAUCGAACAUACUCGCUCCACUACGACUACUACUGUGAAUCUUGCCCCAGCGUUACCGCUCCUUCUAUCAUCCGCGUCCUCUUCUCCGAUUGCUUCAUUGAGGGAUUCGCAGAUGAAACACUCUCUACUGAGAACAAUGCAUCUCCAAACCUUUCCUUGAAAGGGUUUGAUGUUAUUGACGCCAUUAAGUCUGAGCGGGAGUAUGUUUCUCCUGGAGGUCUUUCCUGUGCCGAGCUUCCUGUCUUUCUCGAGCUUCCUCUCUUCCCUGCUAGAGAAGCCGCCCUAGUGGCUGGUCCUCGAGUGACUGUAAGAAAAGACAGUGCGGUGACUUGGCUCUUUGGUAGAAAACAAGAAGCUGAAGUAGGACCGUUUUCAGCAUGGAAUAUUACUGGCACUAUAAAGCUUGGAAUUAUCUCCUCUCAAGUCUUUCAAGAAUCUGCAAGAGACAGAUUACUGAAACGGAAACUUUUCCAAUACGGUUUACUUUUCAGCUACUCUGAUCUUCGAUUCUCUUGUACUUCAGCUCCAGUACUAAAUGAGAUGGAGAAGCACUGUAAUAUCGAAGUAGCAGCUCAAGUAUCCCGUGUGGCUUCUAGUGAAAAUAAUGGAGACAAAAAUUAUUAUCGCAUGGAAGGAUUGAUGGAGAGUCCUGGGGGAAUUUCUACCUCAAGACAAUUGCAGGCGAGUGAAGAGCCUGUAUCAUCACCUUUGUCAUCUCCAGCUCUGUUGGGUAGUGGAAAAGAAGAUGAGCAGAAGAUUAUCCCAAAGCGUCAGAAAGUUCAGGCUGUCCUCAAGUCCAUGAAGCAGAGUCCUAGGAAGGUCAACCUGGUUGCAGCACUAGUCCGUGGCAUGCGUGUCAAACGGGCUUCACAAACCGUGUACCGGGUUAUCCACGCUGCCCUGGGAAAUGCUACUCAUAAUCAUGGACUAGAUCCUGACCGUCUCCUUGUUGUCUCAAGCUACACCGCGGUGGCUAAAGCGAUCAUGGUUCUCUUCUCGCCUCGAAAUAUCAUUCGUUGGGAACUGGAACAGAUUUACGAGACAGCUAAAAAGGAGAUGGCCUCCUUGGAACGUAAGUGGGAAGAGCAGAUCGAGACAACUAAAAAGGAGAUAGCUUCCUUGGAACGUAAGUGGGAAGAGCAGAUCAAGACAUGUGAAAAGGUGGACGAGCUGAUCGAGACAUGUAGAUUGAUCUUGGAACAGCAGAAGAAGAAAUACAUAUUGAUCUCUUACGCUUUAACCGAGAUUAAAUCCAUGGCUUCACGAACGGGGUUGGAUCCUCAGGAAAUUAAAGAAAUGUGCAGAAAUCUUGAAAGCAAACAAGAUAAGAAAUCAUUGAAUCUGUCCCCAGAUGACAAUAUGCAUGUGGAGGGGUUUGCACUAAGUGUCUUUGCAAAGGCAGACAAGCAGGAUCGUGCAGGAAGAGCUGACUUGGGCACUGCCAAAACUUUUUAUGCUGCGGCAAUCUUCUUUGAAACUCUGAGCCAGUUUGGCCCUGUACCUCCUGAUAUAGAGCAGAAACAGAAGUACGCUGCUUGGAAGGCUGCUGACAUAAGGAAAGCCAUUAAAGAAGGAAGGAAGCCCACUCCAGGUGAUCCUGUUGAUGAUGAUAAUGAUUUACCCAUCCCAUCAAGCGUCCUAGUGGCUCCUAUUGCCACAACACCCUCUACCAAUGAUUAUCCCACAGAUGUCCCGCCUCCACCACCGUCUUCUUACCCUUCCAACGAUCUCCUUCCCCCUCCCACGGGACCAUCAGACUCCCCUUACCAGCAUCCUUACAGUCAUCAACCAUACCACCAAGACCCGUCACAACACAUGCCGCCACCACAAAACUACUCAGCCCAUGAGCCUUCUCCAAAUUCUCUCCCCAAUUUCCAAUCUUAUCCUAGCUUCAGUGAGAGCAGCCUCCCAUCCACUCCUCCCCACUACCCUUCUCACUACCAAAACCCAGAACCUUACUAUUCUUCUCCGCAUUCCGCACCUGCUCCUUCUUCCGCAAGCUUCUCCUCUGCUCCUCCUCCUCCACCUUACUCAUCAAACGGGCGUAUCAAUAUUGCUCCUGUGCUAGAUCCUGCACCGAGUCCAGCUCAGAAGUACCAUUACGACAGCAGCUACCAGCCAGGGCCUGAGAAGGUUGCAGAGGCACACAAGGCUGCUAGAUUCGCUGUGGGAGCUUUGGCUUUUGAUGAAGUCUCGACUGCUGUAGAACAUCUCAAGAAGUCACUUGAGUUGCUAACAAAUCCAUCGGCCGGUGCCGGUCACUGAAUUUUAUAUUUAAUCUGUGAAACUUGGGGUUGAUGUUAGUGCGUGUGUGUGCUCACAAUCACAUCGUGGGUUUGUUUAUUAACUUUUCAGGCUCAGACUUCGUGUACAAAGAAAAAUGGUGUGAAUUA